AUGGAAGAAAAUCAAACUACACUGACAAGUUUCAAUUUUGAUACACCCGAAAUGGAACCUGAUCAUGAAGGUAUCCUUUCCAAGUUAUAUGAAAAAGUCAAAACAGCAGUUUCAAUAGGUCAACAAGAUGAACAUCCAUCAAUAUACGAUAAAUCAACGUCUUAUGAAGAAUUCAACACUGAACAAGAUAUCAAUAUGCCUUCCAGUUCUGAUUUGACUGCUAUUCUACAUCCUUCUUCGUCAAAAGUUACUUUGAUAGAAUCUUCUGAUCUUUCCAAACUGGCAACUAGAAAUUCUCAACAGCAAAAACAGUAUACUCCACCACAUUCUGGUAGUAUAGACAAUUUGGCUUUACAUCUUUCUUCAUCUUCUACAAGUUCCAACAAUGACUCGACUCAAUCCACUGCUGGUCCCACUCCAAAUCUAUCAACAUCUUCAAAAGCUCCACCUACCGCAAGUGUAGUCAUUACCACUGCAACCGCUCAAACCUCAGCAAGUACAUCAACAACCUCUUCAAUGAAUGGAAACAACAAUGAUUCUCAAUACUCUCCAGAAAUCAAUCACACUUUACCUAUGACGAAGUCUAAAUCAAUCGACAGUGAUACCCAAUCUAUUGCUACCAAUUUCUCUAUCUCAAACACCAACUCUUUAGGAAGGAUCAUGGCACGUUUACGGGGACAAAAACAAGACAAGGAGUUUUGGAUGCCCGAUGAGCAAUGCAAGGAAUGUUACAAGUGUCGAAAGCAAUUCACCAUGUUUAGAAGAAGACAUCAUUGUAGGUUUUGUGGUAAGGACACAUCCACCGUCUCAACAAUAUCUAGUCCUAGGCCACUCUCUUCAUCCAAAUAUGACCUUGCAGAUAAUAUGGAUAUUGGCAUCAGCAAAUCUAUCUCAUCAAAGGAACCAGAAGAACCAUAUAAACCUGUGAUACCUUGUCAAAACCCACCGUUGGCAGCUCCUAUGAUGCAAAUCCCAACUACCGCUGUCAAAAAUUCAUCCAACUCCAAAUAUGGCAACGAAAAUUCUACCACAUUAGCAUUGGAAAUAGGCGAUCACGAUUCAAUGGCAAUCUUGAGCGAUACAAUGACAAACCAUCACAAUCAUCAUCAUCACCAUCAUCAUCAUCAUCAUCAUCAUCGCAAUCAGCAUCAUCACAAUCAUCAUCAUCAACAUCAGCAUCUCCAUUCUGGAUUGGCAAAGGCAACGGAUAUUUCAGCUGUAUCAACUACUCCAACAACUCCAGUAACUCCAAUUCUAGCACCUUUUCCAUCAGGUUCAUCUAUCGAUUCACUUUAUGCUCAUGGGGAACAAAUGGCGACUAAUAAUGACAAUGAUCCUGGUGGUCUCAAACGUUUACUAGACGCUGGCUCGUUUUUACUGAAACCAAGAUCAAGAUCAAAUACCACUACCUCAAUCACUGCAGAUGAUUUGCGACUUUCUUCCCAAUAUGGUCCAAAUAUGCAACAACAAUUGCGAUAUAUGGAUCAUGGCGGAGGGACAGUUGUUACUGAAAAUGCAUUAUCACCAUACUUUUAUAGAAGGGAUAGCGAUGAAAGUCAAAUCGGAUGGGGCGCUCAAGAUUUAUUAUUUAGUAACAACAACUAUGAUGGACGACAUCGAUCAAACAGUGCACUUGGUGGAAGUAUAUCCCGACAUCCUUCUGGUACAACUGGAAGCGACAGCGAAUCUUAUGAUACACAACUUCGUGCCAAACGAACAGCAGAGUUACGAGGUAGUAUGACACCAUUACGCAAACGAUCCUAUUCAUCUCUUAGAAGGCAAAGUACAAGCAACAGUUAUGGGACUCGUGGGCGAAAGGAUAGGUAUGGGAAUUUACAAGUAAAUACAUCCAACUUGUCAAAAUCUGAUGCUACCAAUUAUGAAAACUGGUCACCAAGUUCAUUUUUAUACUCUCAGUCGGCCUCUGGUAUGAAUGAACAGCAAUUCACACAAGAUAUCAAGUCAAAAAUGUGGGCGGCUAGACAUCGACGACUUUCAGCACCAACAUCAAAUGCAGAACUAAGCUUCAGUUCUUUACGACACGCUCAAAGACUUUUACGACAGUUGAUGGAUGAAACUAGUUUGCAAGAUUUGUCUGAUGAUAGGAAAUCUGAAUGGGAAACGACAAUCAUGAAUCUUCUUCUCAAAAUGGCGGAUCAUGUACAACCUGAUGUAUGUGCUGGUGACGACAUGGAUGUACGACAUUAUGUCAAGAUCAAGAAAAUACCUGGUGGACUUCCAUCUGAUAGCUUUUACGUCAAAGGUGUUAUGUGUUCUAAAAAUGUGGCUCACAAGCGAAUGGCAAGGAAUAUAUCACAACCUCGAAUUCUUAUUCUUUUAUUCUCUUUGGAUUAUUCUCGGGUAGAGAUGGGGAAUCAACUUUUAUCGAUUAAACCAGUUAUAUCACAAGAACGAGAACAUAUCAGCAAAUUGGUGGGUCGGAUCAUUGCCUUGCGACCAUCAUUAUUACUAGUGAAAUCCACGGUAUCAAGACUGGCACUGGAAAUCUUACUGGAGGCCAACAUUCCGGUAAUCCACAAUGUCAAGUAUAGUGUGAUUGAAGCUGUGGCUCGAUGUACUCAAGCUAGUGUGGUGCCUACUGUCGACAAACUACAAGGUGAUCUAUCUUUUGGACAAUGUGGUUCUUUUGAAAUUCGGACUUAUUUGCAUGAAUGGAUUCCAAAUCGUCGUAAAACUUUACUUCUAUUUGAUGAUUGUCCUCCUGAUCUUGGCGGUACUAUUGUAUUACGAGGUGGAACAGAACAAACUUUGGAAAUUAUCAAACGGGUGAUGGACUUUAUGGUAUUUGUGGUCAAUAAUCUCAAAUUGGAAACCGCUUUACUUCGGGAUUCUUUUGCUAAGAAUCGUGGUCUGGAAGAGUCUCAAAUCGUAGCUAUCAAGGAUGCUUAUCUGAACAUGCAAGACAAGAAUGAAGCAGAUGGAAUAAAUACUUUACAAUCUUUUCUCAAAGUUUAUCAUGAUACCAUUUUGUCUGCAUCUCAAUACGUAGUAUUUCCUCCUCCUUAUUUACUGACAAGACUCAAGGAAACAGAAGACAAACUAGCAUCUCUCAGGCGCAACGUUACCUUGCAACAUCCUCAUGGAUCUGCGACGACAACAGCGAUGUCACCAACUCGGAACACAUUUGAUCGACAUACUGGUGAUUUUUCUCUUCGUGGUCAUAAUUCUCUUCUAUCUGCUCCAUUAUCAUCUUCAUCAUUAUCAUCAUCAGCAUCAACAUUAUUAGGGUCACGUUACGAAUUACUGGUCGCCAAACAACAUCAAUUGAAUCGUGCUUGGGAUGCCUAUGUUCGUGAAAGUCCAGAUUAUAUUAGUCCAUUUUAUCAUCAAAAUAUUGUGGUGCUUUAUUCCAAUGUAUGUACGGUGACAACAAUGCCUUGUUAUGGUCCUCAAAUCCGUGUCUUUGAAUAUUAUCGCUAUCCUUCUGAUAUCCCACUUGGUCAAUAUCUUAUGGAUCUUUUUACUGAUGCUUUGGAACCUUGUCCUUCUCCUAUGUGUGAUCAUCCAACUAUGCAUCAUUAUCUAUCAUACGCUCAUGGCGAAGCAAGAGUCAACGUGAUUACCCAACAAUUUGAAUGUCCUAUCCCUGGUAUGAAUGACAAGUUACUCAUGUGGAGUUAUUGUAAGGAAUGCAAAAAGGCGACUCAAGUGGCGAGAGUAUCUGAAAGUACUUGGAACUAUUCAUUUGGCAAGUUUUUGGAAUUAUUUUUGUAUCAACAAGGUGUACAUUGUAGAGCUGAUAUUUGUCCUCAUGAAAUGGGUCGUCAUCAUGUCCGAUUCUUUGGCUAUAUGGAUCUUUCAGUUGGAUUUCAGUAUGAACCUAUUGAUUUACUCGAAGUGGCAGCUCCUCCGACCAAAUUAUUUAUGCUCAGUCAAGUACAAAUUGCUCUCAAGGAUGAUGAACUCAAGUUAUUGCGAACCAAGAUUAAUAAGUUUUAUCAAUCUAUCAUCGAACGUAAUAAGGCUUUUCCCUAUGAUCUGGUGGAUCCUUUUCAAUUGGACGAAUGUAAGGCUGAACUGAAUGAUUUAUCUGAUCGUAGUGAAGGUACAAAGAAGAAGGUACUUCAGAUACUCCAAAACAUCUAUGCUACCACUGCAAAAAGCGACACAUUGACAAUCAACUGGGUGCGACGUAUCCUUUAUCAAGAAAUGGUUGAAUGGGAAAUGGAAUACACGGAACUAGUUCGACAAUAUCUAUUACCUGAACGGGAAUUACGAAAAAUCACUGCUAGUCAAUUACGAAAAAUGUUUCCUCCAGACACAAACAGUAGUACGAUAUACGAUUCGAAUGAUAACAUCGAUAUGGUUGGGAAUGAACGGAUAAAACGCUCUUCAGAAACAGCAGAUCUACCUCUUCUUGGCAUUGGUUUGGAUGGUGAUGAUGAGAAUACAAUGAUUGGAUACUUGCUUAGGAAUACAUCUGAUGUAUCUGAUGAUAAGGAUGAACGGCUAUCACCAACCAAUAUACGUGCAAAAAGUCCAGGACCAUCUACAGCUGCAAUGACUCCUUCUCGUAUUCCUAUUCCAAAUAUCAAUAUUAGCAGUAUUAUAUUUAUGCGACAUCAACAACAAGAAAAACAUCGUGAUCGACAUGAACGAUAUUUCGGCAGCCCACAGACGCAAAGUUUACAACAUAUUCCGUCGAUGUUCAAAAGUUCGUAUGCCAAUAGUGAUUAUGACCGACGUGCACUUGGUAGUAUUCGACGAAGAACUACUGGACCUAACAACAGCAAUAUCAGCAGUGAUUUCAGUGGCGGUAGUACGGCAUCCAUGACUCGACUAAACUCUCGUCAACAUCAGCAAAGUCAAUUUCGAUCAAGACUACCUCGGAAGAAAACAUAUAUCCAAGUAUACACUCAAGCAAAUGAUUUAGUCAAGGAAGAUAUGGAUGAUGAAUUCUUGGUGAGCGAUUUGGAUGAAUUUACUGAUCAUGACAAUGCUUAUCACGACAAUGGCAGUACAAAACGAAAACAAUACAAUAUGGAUGACAAUACUCCUUCAGAAGGUCGACAACCUCGUGGCAACACAAUACUAGGAUUGCAGCAGUUGACGGAUUUUGGUGGUAAUGACAUUCAUCAAAGCAGUAGGAAUUUGGAUGAACCUAUUGAUUACUUUUCACCCCAAGCACCCUAUUCUGGUACUUCAGCAGUGAAUACAAGUGCUACGACUGAUAGCGGCAUAAGUACAAGCAUCAUUGAUAAUCAGCUGCCUUUAGCGUCUGAACUUCUAUCUUCACCUGCGGCAACCACUCCAUCUACUGAAACAAAUGAACUAAGCAACGUAACAGCAACAUCAACAGCAACUAGGGAUAUGACUGCGACAGUAGGAAAUAUAUCGACAUCGAAUCAAACGAAAAAAAUGGCUACAACAGACGGUUACAACAAAGAAAUUGCAAACACGGAUGAUCAACUUUCUAUUAGACUUCCUCGAAAUGCCUUAUUGGAAAGAUCAACUAGACGAACUGUCGAUUUGGAUGAUGUCAAACAUCAAACGUUUGAAAAGACAUCGUUUAUGAAAACUAUCACUAGUUUUUUGACGGAUAGUGGAACGGCCAAUCUUUUACCUCUGGAAAAUCCAAUGAAUCCAAUGGAACAUGUGCUGCCGGACUCAUUUGUGAUUGUACGUGAAGAUGAACCAAGUACCAUCAUUGCCUACACACUUAGUUGUGAUGAUUAUUUGAAGAAGAUGAAGGAAAUGAACGAUUUAACAAAAGCGAAUACAACAACAACAACAACAACAACAACAACAACAACAACAACAACAACAACAGAUACAGCGUCAAUGUUAGAUGAUACCAAUACUAUUGCGGAAUCAUUUGAUGAUAUCAUUUUGGACCAGUCAAUAUCAGGGGGUGGAGGAUCAACAACAACAACAAAUCAUGGUUCUGGUGUGGAAACAGAAAUGACACAAGCUCGUAUUCAAGAAACGCUACUACGUGAAUCUGGAAGUCAUGUGCGCUACAACUUUUCUGAUGGCACUACUAAGUUUUUCUGUAAAACUUUCUUUACCGAACAAUUUGAUGCUCUACGACGUCAAUGUGGAUGUGAUGAAACUUAUAUCUUUUCCUUGGCCAAUUGUAUCAAAUGGGAUCCAGUGGGUGGAAAAUCAGGAUCGGCCUUUUUGAAGACAAAAGAUGAUCGAUUUUUGAUGAAGCAGUUAUCUCGAUUUGAAUUAGACGCAUUUUUAGGUUUUGCUCCAGCGUAUUUCCAAUACUUAUCAAAAGCAUUCUUUACAGAACUACCUACUGUACUUGCCAAGAUAUUUGGAUUUUAUAGUAUUGGUUACAAGAAUUCAAGUACUGGAAAAUCAAUGAGAAUGGAUGUGCUAGUGAUGGAAAAUCUCUUUUAUCAACGGAACGUGAAAAAGAUUUUUGAUUUGAAGGGAUCAAUGCGGAAUAGACAUGUGGAAUCUACUGGCAAGGAAGACGAAGUUUUACUUGAUGAGAAUCUCGUGGAACUUAUAUUCCAAUCACCUUUGUUUAUUCGUGCUCAUUCUAAAGAAAUCCUACGAAGUUCACUUCAUAAUGACACACUCUUUUUAUCAGGAAGGAAUGUGAUGGAUUAUUCUCUUUUAGUUGGAAUUGAUGAAGAACGUCAUGAAUUGGUUGUUGGUAUAGUUGAUUUUAUCCGAACAUUCACUUGGGACAAGAAAUUGGAAAGUUGGGUCAAGGAAUCUGUCUUCUUAGGUGGCGGUGGCAAAGAACCUACCAUUGUGUCUCCAAGACUCUAUCGCUUACGUUUCCGUGCGGCCAUGGAACGAUACUUUUUGAUGGUACCAGAUGUGUGGGCUCUGGCAAGGCAAAACCGAUUAUCCUAUCCUAGCACUUAUCAUCACCAUCACCCAACGGACUAUGACGAAGACAACGAAUCCCAUUGAACGACUUUUAUGAAAAUCAUUAGAUAUUAUUAUCUUACUGUAUAGUGUAUAUUCUUUAUUCAAUAAAAGAUUAUUAUUAUUAUUAAUUAUU